AUGUAUGUUUGGUCAAGACUAAUUUCCUCCACAACCUCAAAUGUUUCUCGUUUAGUUACCAUUCGAUGGGCACAUUCUUCAGUAGAAGGACCUGAACCAGCUUAUUAUCAAAUUGUAUCAGGUUAUAAACUAUAUAAACAUAAAAAUGAACCUUUUCAAUUGAAAUAUAAUAAUAAGUCAUUAAAAGAAUUUCAAAUUGCUUAUGAAACAUGGGGCAAGCUAAAUAAAAAGAAAAAUAAUGCUAUUCUUAUCUUUACUGGUCUUAGUGCUAGUUCACAUGCAAAAAGUCAUGAUGAAAAUACAAAACCUGGUUGGUGGGAACAAUUUAUUGGACCAAAUUUAGGUAUUGAUACAAAUCAUUUUUUUGUCAUUUGCUGUAACCAUCUUGGAGGUUGUUAUGGUUCAACUGGACCAUCAUCGAUCAAUCCAGAAACAAAUAAAUCAUAUGGCACUUCUUUUCCUAUGUUAUCUGUCGAAGAUUUUGUUCGUGCACAAUUUCAAUUACUUAAACAUUUUGGAAUUGAAAAACUUCAUGCCAGUAUUGGUUCAUCAUUAGGUGGUAUGUGUUCCAUUCUAUCAGGUCUCUUAUAUCCCGAAAUGGUUGGCAGAGUAGCAACUAUUUCAUCUUGUAUUGCACCGUAUCCAACUGCAAUUGCUCUACGAUAUCUUCAACGAAAAAUGAUAAUGACUGAUCCAAAUUGGCAUAAUGGUCAUUAUUAUGAAAAAGAUGGUUAUCCACUAGAUGGAAUGCGUAUUGCAAGAGAAAUUGCUACACUUACAUAUCGUUCUGGACCUGAAUGGCUUGAACGAUUUGGUUUACGUCGUUUUAAUGAUAAAAUAAAUUUAACACCAACAUUUGAAAUUGAAAGUUAUUUACAAUAUCAAGGAUUAACAUUUGCAAAAAAAUAUGAUCCAAAUUCAUUAUUAUAUAUUUCUAAAGCAAUGGAUCUAUUCAAUUUAGCCGAAGGAUAUGAUAAUCCAACUGAUGCAUUAGCAAAAAUUCAAUGUCCUGUACUUGUUUUAGGAUCACAAACAGAUAUUCUUUUUCCAAUUUGGCAACAGAAACAAUUAGCUGAAGGUCUUAUCAAUGCUGGAAAUCCUCGUGUAACCUUCUUUGAAUUGAAUAGUAUCUUUGGACAUGAUACAUUUUUACUUGAUGUUAAUGGUGUCAGCACUGCUCUUAAAGGUUUUCUAGAAAUGUCAGCUUUGGCGACUGAAAAGGAAACAAUAAAAUAG